CAGGAAAUCGAAAAGACACUCAAAGGCACGGACAAAAAGAGCCCUGUAUUUCAAAUUCAAAUCUUCACAGGGGCCUUUUAACAGCGCACAGCUACAAGUGCUGUAGUUCAUCUCAAAUAAGUAACCAUAUGACGGACUUCCUUAUCGAUUUCUCGAAUAUUAGGCCAGAGACAGAAUUAAAGAGCUUUUGAGGACACGAGCUUCAAGGUGGGGAUUAAAUCUACCCGUCUAACCACCCAGGGUUUGGUGACACAAUUGUGAUAGCCGGAGGUUAAAGUAAGCCCAUCUGCCAACUUACACGGCAUAUGUUGUAUGUAGAGACUACACAACUCUCUACAGGUAAAGCGGACCCUAUUGCUGGUCGCUGUAGUGUGACUGAAGCUCAUUCCCACAUCACCCUGUGCUGGAGGAGUCCAGUGCUGUCGUUGAGCUUGGAGACAGAGCUGUUGGUUUUCUCGUCACGGAUCUACUAGUGAUUUUUGUCAGUGUAGUGUUGACUGUUUGACAUGUUGAGAACGUUGGGAAUACAGCGGAGGAUAUAGCGGACUGUAAGACACUCUCUUCCGGUCGUGGACAGUUCCCCAUCUCUCAAAAUUCCUCACCACAAUUGUCAACGCCACAACACCGAUUUUGAAUCGAUACCAGCGCCAUGCAGCGGCAAAGUUGCCCCUGUAACGAAAAAUACAGGUGAUAUUAACAGUAUGUACAUUGCCAAUCGAACUUUGUCGGCACUGGACACGGACGAUUUCGGCUCGUUUUCAAGCCUGGACAAGCUGACCCCCCCUCGAGCCAGACCCCUCACCCCAGUGGACAUGUGUCAGGGGUACACAGUCCCCAUCGUCUACAAGGACGAAACAUGGGAGGAGAUAGAGAGAAAGAAGAAGGCUGCCAAUGCGUGUGGGAGCAGCUCAACCCUAAGUAGCGAGCUUCCAUGGAAAGAGAGAAAAAGUAGGAUAGACAAUGCGUUGUCAUGGUUACGGACGGAACUGGAGACGAUGCGAGUUCAGGACAAAGCAUUGCUAGGGCAACUGCAGCGUUGCCAGGAGACAAUUGAAAGUAUUAAACAACAAAGGGCUCUCUGGGAGGAAUGUUCGGAGGAUGACCUUGAUGAGGGUGAUGAAGACCAUUGGGAAGAUUGGGAAAUAUCAGAAUUUGAGCGGAGUUUUGCCGAGGGGUCUGAGUAUGCGUCGUCGACGUUGUCGAGUAAAGACAGUCGGUCCAGCGGCAGCACCACGACGAGCGGCGUGUCCAGCAUGGCGUCACAACGGUCAGACAGAUCGGAUAGAUCAGAGAAGGCACCCAGCAUGUACCAGUUCUCCUCCUCCCAAAAUGCCACAUCCAAAGUGUCAAGGACAAACUCGUACUUCCGGCAAGACCUUGAGGUCACUGUGUGAAACUGGUUAUGAUUGGUUGUGGAGUGUACUUAAUGUGUUGACUGUGAUGUGACAGGACAUCCUGCAUUUCGCUUCCAGUUGAGGAUGGAUCACGUUGAUUCCUACCGAAUGGACACCUUCAAGUUUGGUGCGCAACUAAAAUGUGAUAGUGGAAGGCAUUGUGUGCUUGUUCAGCUGUGAUGAUAUGUGAACAUUUUCGGACGUGUUUGCAAAGCAUAAUGUGCUAGACACUGCGGCUAGGUGGCGCUACAACGUCACGUGACUUAGCAUCGCCCACCAAAGGUGCUACAUUAAAGAAAACAUAGGAACCGUAUAAUGUUAUCGCACUGGAAUAAGAGCAUGAAAACAAAAGUUGGCCCUUUGAGAAGAAGGUUCAAACGAAUAAAAGUGUGAUUUUGUGAAUGUGUGAAAGAAAUCAUAAAAGCACGAUUUGAUGAACGUUGACCUUCACCUGUAGUAAGGUCAAGGUCAAAACCUUGACAAUGGAGGAUGGCAUUUAUCAGUUUUCAAUUGUUAAACCACGAUCACAAUAUUUUUGCAUGGAAAGGUCACGAGACAUAUCUUGUUUUUAUUUUUUGUGUACAACUCUCCCAUGACAUGCUUCCAAAUGCAAUACAGUGUGUAUAUGUGUACAGCCUCCAUACUCAGUCCUCUCCGGUGUGUUAUUGACAAUAGCUCCUGUGUGUUAAACUGUUCGAGUGUCCCUUUAUCUUCAGUCAGAAGAGUUAUGAUUAAGUAUCGAUAGGCCACUGCACCCGGCAGCUCUUUAUCUCUACCGGUUGUGUCUAGUCCGUUUAUUGUAAAGAACAAUUAUAUUCAUAACACUUGGUCAAUUUGCAGUUUGAACUCUGAAUUAUUAUAUUCAAUAGAAAUAUGGCCAACUGCAGCAUGAUAACAAAAUUCGUGCAACUCAACAUUCAGCUUCAAAGGGGAGAAUGUCUAGUUGAUUCCACAAUCAGAUUUGAAGAACCCAUGUAUUUUGUAUUCCCUUUGCCAAGCUAUACUGCUCUAUUAUCACUUCUUGUUUACAUACACUGUAUUGCAGGUUGUGUUCAUAUACGUGGAUCUGUCCGGACCACAGUUUACAAGGAUAAGGCUGUUGAAAAGAAUAUUACGCUAUGGGUAGUAACGCUAUGGUGAUUUAUACACAUUUGGACUUCGGUUUCAGCUGUCUCAGACUGUUGACACCAUGGGGACUUGUAAUGUAACGACAUCAGCCCGCAUUGCUCGCAGUGAAAAACAAGAAUUUAAAAUAAAAACUGAUAUUUGUUACGAUUGAUUACAUACAGCUGUACUCUUAUUUAUUUUAAUAAAUAUCGUAUAAUAAUAAUAAUAAAUAAUAAUAAUUACAGGUAUGUCAUGUGCAACCAAGAAGCAUGUAAUAAUGAGACGAAGCAACUAUAUAUCGAUGUACGUACAUAUCGUAUGAUAAGAAAAAACACCAGUUUACUCCAGUCUGUCAGAUUUUGUAUUGUUAUGAAAAAGGUACGAAUCCCAGGUUUUUAUGUUAGCAUUGCUCCUUGUUGCAAAUUAAAACAUAAUAUGUGGAUCAGAUCCACAGAGCGUUCAUUGGCGUACGACCUAUUGCAACUCAUGGCUUACGAACGAUGUAGCGCUUCGAAUGCUUUGUGGAUCUGGGUCAUGGCCGCCGGUACUCUGGAAUUAGCGGACAUUUGCAACGUGAAUCUAGACAAUCGAUAGACUAUACAUUGUAUAUAAUCCGACAGUGCUAACAGUUCGCACCAUGUGUUAGAUAACAGUCCAGUUGUUUGGACAUGCUAAAUUUCAAAACGUACCAUGAUUUGAUUUGGAAUGGCAGUGUCAGUAUCCCAUGCAUUCGUGCUAUUUAUGGCAUGCAUUCAUUGUUGGACGUCAUGUACGUCUUUGAUGUCGGAGUCGAGCACAUCUGUUACGCCAUCAGGGCCCCGCUGCACAAAGCGAUCUUAGUGCUACAGCCGUCUUAAUGUUAUAUUAUGGGAGCAACGAUCGUCUCAGCAUUGGGAUCGCUUUGUGCAAGUGGGCCCUAGUCUCUGAAAUGACUACCUGCGGUUCAAGGCGACAAAACAAGUAACCUCUCAAAGCAAAAGAAGUCUUUCUUUACCUUUCAGAAUUCGGACAUCACACAUGAUUCUAAUAAAAGGGCAAAUUGUCCUUUGAUAUUAUUGAAACUGUAUAUUUUUAAUGUUAUUUGCAUUGUACAGUAAAGCGCCUGUUGAAAGUA